AUGGAACACAUAAAGAAGAAUGAGGUUGCAUGGUGUGAGUAUUUGAAGUACCUGCGUUUAAUGUUUGAGCAGUUUGAGAAUAUUUUAGUAGAUAGAGCUCCUCAUCUUUCCUUACUUUUAAAUGAUAUACAAGAUGAUAUUUCGAGGGAAAUGGCACAAUUUACCAAACGAGUUGGUAGGAUCUUCGAAAAUCUAAUGGAAAUUUUGAAAAAGUUACAAAAGACAAUAAAAGAAAGAGAAUUUAUUGAGCUUGACUAUAAUAACUAUGCUUCACAGAAACAUAAGUUUGAUUCCACCGGUGAUUAUCCAGAUUUUGAAAAAAACAAAAAAGCCUUCGAAGUCGAACAAAAGUUAAAACAAAUUAAGAAUAGAGGCAACAUUUUGGAUAGUUUAAUAACAUCAGAAACACCCCUGUUUCUUCUCCUUAGUGACGGAAUUUCCAAAGGUUUGGGUAUUCUUAUCUUUUUUCACUCGUAUGAUAUACUGAAAACAUUUUACGAAAAAUUCAGUAAGACUUCGGAAUGUCUCACUAAUUUCCAAAUGGACAAUAUCUAUCUGAGUAACUAUACUGCAGAAACAAAACAGGCACAAUCAAAAAUCUGUGAUCAGAUAGAAUUUUUGAAGCUCUUUGCAAAGACCACUAAGCCUUUCCAGUCAGUUGCAUCAAGCGUGCCUUUUUCCACCGAAUUAAAAACUUCUCCAUUUGCUUACAAUCCAAAAAAGGUGGGAACAGCACUCUAUCCUUUUAACGGUCUCCAUGACUUCGAAUUGUCCUUUGAUAUUGGAGACAAAGUAGAAGUCUAUGAGGAAAAUGAAUCAGGGUGGUGGAUCGGAACGCUUUUAAGGGAUGGUAGCUAUGGAAGGUUCCCGUACAACUACUUCCACUUCUCAUGA